AUGGCGUUUACAUUUGCCGCAUUUUGCUACAUAGUGGCCUUGAUAUUAACUGCAGUUUUGAUAUUUUUCGCAAUAUUUCAUAUUAUAGCCUUUGAUGAAUUGAAAACAGAUUACAAGAAUCCCAUUGAUCAAUGCAGCAGCCUAAAUCCAGUGAGUGAAACAUAUUACAUUUAUUACAUGUUAAGUUUGAUAUUUUUUGUCUUUCAGCUUGUUCUACCAGAGUAUUUUAUACACAUGUUAUUUACUUUUCUGUUUCUAUGCUCAUUUCAAUUUGGAUCACUGUUAUUUAAUUUACCAUUAGCUGUAUAUCAUGUUCAUAGGUAUAUGACUCGGCCUGUGAUGUCGUCACCAGGAUUAUAUGAUCCUACAUCUAUAAUGAAUGCAGAUCAAUUAAAUCGUGCUCAAAAAGAAGGCUGGAUCAAAUUAGCAUUUUACCUACUCUCAUUCUUUUAUUAUUUAUAUAGUAUGAUUUAUGUAUUAGUGUCAUCUUCAUAA